UAUUAAGAUAUUAUUAUGAACGUAGGUACCAAUGUCAGCGAUGAUUGUGUUACAGAAUUCAACAACUUGAAGUUGGGCAAACAAUAUAGAUAUGUUAUAUAUAGGUUGGAUAAGGAUAGAAACGAAGUAAUUUUCAUUGUAUAUUAUUAAGAUUGUAGUUGAUCACAAGGGAGAAAGAGAAAGCACCUACGCUGAAUUUGUUAGUCAUCUUCAAAACGAAGUAAAUUUAGGUGUUUAAUUGAAUAGUCACGAUAUGCUGUUUAUGAUUAUCAUGCUUAAACAGAUGAUGUUCCACCAAGAAAGGUCGAGAAGUUGGUGUUCAUUUUCUGGUCGCCAGAUACCAACCAACCAGUAAAAUAAAAGAUGGCUUAUGCUGCAGGAAAGGAAGCUUUGAAAAAGAAGUUGAAUGGACUUUCCAAAGAAAUUUAAGCAAAUGAACCUUCCGAAGUUGAGGAAGCUGAAAUCAAAAAGACUGUAUUGAACUGAUAACCCUGAGUGAUGAAUUCUAAUAUCGAGA